CCUCUUUGAACAGUUGCCUUUUCCUCUCACACAAAGGCGAUUUCAUUUUGUUGUGACUAUAUACAGUUGAAAGCUACGAACACACCGGAGAGAAGGUAUGAUGGCCAAGAAGCCCCCCAAACCAGCACCUCGAAGAAUCUUCCAGGAAAGGCUUAAGAUGACUGCUCUGCCCUUGUAUUUUGAAGGAUUUUUAUUAGUCAAACGGUCAGAAUACCAGGAGUAUAAACAUUAUUGGACAGAGUUGAGAGGAACUACACUUUUCUUUUAUACGGACAAAAAAAGUACAAUAUACAUCGACAAAUUAGACAUACUAGACCUCGUAUGCCUUACUGAUCAGAUUUCAACUGAAAAGAAUUGUGCAAAAUUCACCCUUGUUUUGCCAAAAGAGGAAGUUCAAUUGAAGACAGAGAACACAGAAAGUGGAGAAGAAUGGAGAGGCUUCAUUCUUACAGUGACAGAGCUAUCAGUUCCCCAACAUGUAUCACUUCUGCCUGGGCAAGUAAUUAGACUGCAUGAAGUUCUAGAGAAAGAAAAGAAAAGGAGAAUUGGGACAGAGCAAGUGCCGAUCACGUCUGUGGAAAAAGAGAAGGAACUGAUUGAAGACUAUGUGGAUGUCCUGAACCCUAGGCCAGCAUGUUUUUAUGAAGUUUCCCGGAAAGAGGCAACUGAGAUGCUGGAGAAGAAUCCUUCUUUGGGCAAUAUGAUCCUGAGACCUGGUAGUGACAGUAGAAACUACUCCAUCACUGUCCGGCAGGAGAUAGAUAUGCCAAGAAUCAAGCACUACAAAGUGAUGAGCAUAGGAAAAAACUAUACUAUUGAACUGGAAAAACCUGUAACACUCCCAAACCUGUUCAGUGUCAUCGAUUAUUUUGUGAAGGAGACUGGAGGAAAUUUAAGACCAUUUAUAUAUACAACUGAUGAAAAUUUUGGUAAGGAGCCAAGAAUCCAAUACAGAAGUGAGAAGUUGAAGAAAAAUCCACACAUCAUGUGAAAUAAAACAUGGAAAAUUACUUAUGUAUUUUGGUAAUUUAUAUUGCAGUUACUUCUAUUCUCCUAAUCUUAAUUUGAGUAAUUUGCUGGGACACCAGAAAUAAAUAAUGUGGCAUACAAAUUUAUCAGAAUGAAACCAAUUCACUGGGAAACCAUAGACUAUGACUGUGGGGAUGAUAAAUCCACUCCCAAAUAAAAUGAACACUUUCUAAACAGA